GGCUUUCCGUACUGUCCGUUCCGAACUUGAGGAAGUGUAUGGCUCGCUAGCUAAGCUCGAUACAAAACAUACUCGGACGGUUCUCUCGACUCAAAAGUUCUGUUUUGGUUCUUGUAUAAAACACGCAAUGGCAUAUCAACUUUACCGGAACACGACACUCGGAAACAGUUUACAAGAGAGUCUUGAUGAACUUAUUCAGACUCAACAGAUUACUCCACAGUUAGCCCUGCAAGUAUUGCUACAGUUUGACAAAGCUAUCAACACUGCACUGGCUAACCGAGUUCGCAAUCGAGUCAACUUUAAAGGAUCGCUGAACACGUACAGAUUUUGUGACAACGUGUGGACAUUUGUUUUGAAUGAUGUGGAGUUCCGUGAGGUCACGGACCUGGUGAAGGUGGAUAAAGUGAAGAUAGUAGCCUGUGAUGGAAAAAACACUGGCUCUAAUACAGCAGAGUGAGGAGGAGGAGGGAGUGCAGGUAUCAUCAGAGAGAACAGAAGAAAUGCCAUACGGACAGAGGAAGAAGAGCAAGAAAGCUGGACUCAUAGAGGACUGUAUACAUACUAUUUAUUACAAAUAUCAGCUUUCCAUCUUUCAUACAGCAACCAGUUCCACACAAGGCCUAAUAUAUAUAUGAAAGGCCCACUUAUUUCCCUUUCUGUUUAUUAUAAUGUUGUUUUGGUUAUGUAAUAAUAAAUUGUUUUAAAAGGUG